AUGAUGAGGAUACGACUCCCCUUUGCAGGGUUAUUUUUCGUCCUCCUCCUCGUAGCCGCGUACGUCGGCCUCAGCUCUUUCCACGUGGAACCCUACGUCAACGACAAAGUCCUCCACUUCCUGACCUUCUUCCUCCUGACCGUGUUCUUCUACUGGAUCAUCGACACCACCCGCCGCCGCACCCUCAACCUCACCCUCGUCGUCUGCACCGCCAUCCUCGGCCUCGGCUCCGAGAUCCUCCAAGCCCUCCUCCCCAACGGCCGCACCUUCGACAUCUGGGACGUCGCCGCCAACGUGGCCGGCUCCCUUGCCGCCGUGGGCCUCUGCACCUGGUACCACAAGCGCAUGCUCGAACGCCGCCGCGCGCGGAGGGGCUAUGGCGCCGUGCCCGGUGAAGCCGAUGCCGAUGCCGAUCUCGAGCUCGGCGAGUCCUCCGCAGAUGUUGCCCUCGGACAGGAGGAGGGCGUCACGGGCGGGUCCCCCCCAACCAGGGCUGGCCGCACGCUCGAAGAGGAGGUCGAUAAUUGGGAUGAGAACGCUGUCGACGACUGGGAGGGUACUCAGGCUGACGAAGAGGGGGCGCCGCUGGCCAAGGGAAAGGCCAAGUCGAAUGAUGUCGCCUCUGGGGAUAUUGGAGACGGGAAGCGCGCCGACUAG